GAGACUGUUGUCAAAGGCUAGAACAGAAGAACGCCGCAACCAACGAGGGACAAGUCGGCCGAAUAUUUUCAUGUCAGCGUCAGGUUUAUUUUUUUCAUUUUAAUAUAUAGGUCUGCAUGCACUUCAUGAUUUUGUUGAAGCAGAUAUUAAUGAAGUCUCAUGUCUUCUUAGCAGUGCUAUCCAUAGUUUUAGGUUAAAUUUACAAGUUUUAUGGUAGCGAGUUAGCUUCUAAGGCUAAUCUAACGUCGACUGAGUUAGGGUUAACAAUAGUUUGACCCUGGCAGCUAUAAUCGCUAUAUCGACUGCUGGGAAGUUUUGAACAUAUUCUGUAAAGACACCGAAGAGCACUUUAAUCCAAAAUGAGUGCUGGUAUCGCAAAACCGGCCAUUCCUUCUGGACAUGUGGAUCCGAAAACGGCACCUCUCAAAGAAAUCCCAGAUAUCCUGGUUGACUCACGCACGAUGAGAAAAUACACGAGGGGAAGAUUCCUCGGAAAAGGUGGUUUCGCAAAGUGCUACGAAAUCACAGAUAUGGAGACAAAGCAGGUUUUUGCUGGCAAGAUAGUCCCCAAAUCUCUGAUACUGAAGCAGCACCAGAGGGAAAAGAUGACUUCUGAAAUCGCCAUUCACAAGAGUCUCAAUCACCAGAAUAUUGUCGGGUUCCACGGGUUUUUCGAAGACGAGGACUUUGUCUUUGUGGUCUUGGAAAUCUGCAGGAGAAGGUCGCUUCUGGAGUUGCACAAACGUCGUAAGGCUGUGACUGAGCCUGAGGCUCGCUACUACAUGACUCACUUGCUCAAUGGUGUCCAGUACCUUCACAACAAUAAAGUCAUCCACAGAGACUUGAAACUGGGCAACAUCUUCCUCAAUGAUGACAUGGAGGUCAAGAUAGGGGAUUUUGGCUUGGCAACUAAGAUUGAGUUUGAUGGUGAACGGAAGAAGACUUUGUGUGGAACACCUAACUACAUAGCUCCUGAAGUGCUUGGUAAAAAAGGCCACAGUUAUGAAGUGGAUGUCUGGUCGCUUGGAUGUAUAUUGUACACAUUGUUGGUGGGGAAGCCCCCUUUUGAGACCGCUUGCCUGAAGGAGACCUACAACCGCAUCAAGAAAAAUAAUUACACCAUCCCCUGGCACAUCAACCCAUCUGCGUCGUCUGUCAUCAAGAGGAUGCUGCAUGCUGAUCCCGCUCAGAGACCUACCAUUGCUGACCUGCAGAUGGAUGAGUACUUUACCUCAGGCUACAUCCCUCUUCGACUGCCCACCACUUGUCUCACUGUGCCUCCGCGGUUCUCUAUUGCCCCCUCCACGGCUACGGAGCUCAGCCAAAGACGCCCCCUGACUGCUUUAGACAACAAGGAAGGCACAGAGAAAGAGGAGGUGAAAGAUGAGGCUGUACCAAGGGUGGUUGAACCAGCUACCUCACACCUGAAAGACUUGCUACAGCAGCUGAAAAGUUUCAUUGCUGCAAAGCCCUCUGAGAAGGCUAUCAUACGCCAAGAAGAGGCAGAGGAUCCUGCCUGUGUCCCCAUCUUCUGGAUCAGCAAAUGGGUUGACUACUCCGAUAAAUACGGACUGGGCUACCAGCUCUGUGACAACAGUGUUGGUGUUCUGUUUAACGACUACACCCGUCUCAUCAUGUAUGCCGAUGGAGACAGCCUGCAGUACAUUGACAAGAUGUCAGCUGAAUCCUACAUGAGUGUUCGUUCGUUCCCUGCUACUCUCAACAAGAAGAUAACAUUGCUGAAAUACUUCCGCAAUUACAUGAGCGAGCAUCUACUGAAAGCUGGUGCCAACAUGGCACGGCGGGAAGGAGAUGAGCUGGCACGACUGCCCUACCUCUCACUUUGGUUCAGAACCAAGAGUGCCAUUGUCCUGCACCUCAGUAACGGCACAGUUCAGAUCAACUUCUUCCAGGACCACACCAAGCUAAUCCUGUGUCCGCUGAUGGGUGCAGUGACCUACAUUGACGAGAAGCGAGACUUCCGCACCUACAAGCUGUCUCUGCUGGAGGAGUUUGGUUGCAGUAAGGAGCUGGCCAGCCGCAUGCGUUACACCAAGCUCAUGGUGGAGAACCUGUUAGACAGCAAGCCCAACUCUGCUGCACAUUAGGCCAGUUUUCCCCCCAUCAGUCUGCCAGCAUCACAGAACAGGACAGACAUCUGAACGGGACAAUCCUUUUAUGUGUAUUUUUAUUGAGGACCGUCACAGUAAUGCUUCUUAGACCAUUGAUGAAGAAGAGUCGGCCCUUAAUUUUUAUCCUCUUUCCUGUUGUCAAUAGCUUUUCACUUGACUCCUUUCUUAACUUUCUUUUGACAAACAUGUUCUUGCUAAAAUAAUUGCUGAAUUGUCAAUAGCACAGCAUUUGUAUGUAAAAAUGAGUUUUGGAAACAAAUGAAAGUUUUCAAAUUUAUCUUAAAAUUGGAGGGUUCCACCUAGAUGUUUGUUUGGUUUUUUUCGUCUUUGAACUUGCAGUUUUUGGACUCUGGAGUCUGGUGGGGACUGGGACUCAAAGCUUCUCUGGUCUGCUUCUCUAGUUUGUUUUUAUCUGUCUUUAGAGGAACACGGACCAUGUUUAUGUCUUUAUCAUGCAGAUUCUUUAGGUUUUUUUUUUUUCGUACAUGUUGUAAAGAUGAUUUAACUCUUAUUGAAGUUUAAAUAAAGAUUCUUUUGAACCA